AUCCAAAAAACAGCUGAGGAGUGCGAGGUUAUGUGGGAGUAGAGCGGGAGAGAUGACAAGCCUGUCGGACCGUUGCGGUAUUUCAUUAAGAACACUGCACGAAAGAUGCGGCGGUUAGCCAGCUUGCUAGGUUGCCGGGAAGGCGAAAUCGCUACAUCUUCCUCUUCAGAAGAGCGGGAGAUUCCUGAGGACGAGCUAAUUCUGAGUCAAGGCAUACUUCCAAAGCAUACCUCCAAGCAAGCCCCACGGUCAGCUUACCAGUUGAAGCCAAGGGGCAAGGGUCCAAACCGGUACACUCCGGAAGAUUAUGUCAACCGAGGAAAGAAGGUUGUCACUGAGGAGGAUGAGGGGCCGCCGCGGAGAUCAGCUUUGUCGAGGAUGAGGAACGACGAGCCGUUCUCUUCAGAGGAGGAGCAGGAGGAGCAGCAGGAGCAGCAGCAGGAGCAGCAGCAACAACAGCCACGGCAGCGGACGAAGAGGAUGGCCGUCCGGAAGCAGCCCGCGAGGAUGGUGACGUGGGCAUUACCCUUCGGGUAACCAGUAUUGCCCUAUCCAGUAUUGACAAAUUGGAGGCCCAUGAAGAUACCUGAAGGCGAGAUGGGCCACUAGGACGGCGCACCAGAAGAUUCCUUGACGGGCAAGACAAGGAAGCAAACAAACAAGGAAAGAUUGGAUCUAAACUACUGUAAACUUAGUCGUACUCGGUUAGGACCCUUGAGACCUGGCCUCCUAUAUAAAGGCCAGGAGAGGGGCUGCCGAGAAACAUGAACAAUCUUAGCAAUCUUAGCCCGGAAAAGCUUAGAACUAGGUAACCCUAGCAAUAGCAAUCUCGACUAGAUCUCAGCCGAAGUAUUCGGCACCCCAUUGUAACCCAUUGUCUUCAUAAUCAAAGAACAGACAGGCAGGACGUAAGGGUUUUACCUCAUCGAGGGCCCCGAACCUGGGUAAAUCGCUCUCCCCGCUUGUCUGUGAACCGAUGUCUCGUGUCAGCCUACAGGA